AUGGUGGAGGUAAACUGUACCACUGUGACUAAAUUCAUUCUCUUGGGAUUAUCAGAUGACCCUGAGCUGAGAGUCUUCCUCUUCCUGUUCUUCCUUCUUGUCUAUGGAGUCACAGUCUUCUCCAACCUGGGCAUGGCUGCACUGAUUCAGCUCAGCUCUCAACUGCACACGCCCAUGUUUUUCCUCAGUCAUUUGUCCUCUGUGGAUUUAUGCUACUCCACAGUCAUUGUGCCAAAAAUGCUGGCUAACAUUGUGAGUAAAGACAAAGCCAUUUCUUUCUUAGGAUGUAUGGUGCAAUUGUAUUUAUUCUGUACUUUUGCAAUCACUGAUGUCUUCCUACUGGCUGUGAUAGCCUAUGACCGCUUUGUGGCCAUCUGUAACCCUCUGUUGUACAUAGUCUUUAUGUCCCAGAAGCUCUGUGUGGUGUUGGUAUUUGGCUGCUACCUCUAUGCAUCUCUGUGUGCUCUGAUUCAUUUAUGUUUAGCCCUUGAGAUUUCAUCCUACAAGUUGAAUGUGAUCAACCACUUCUUUUGUGAUCUACCCCCUCUUCUAAGUCUUGCUUGCUCUGAUGUCACUAUCAAUGAGGUGCUGGUGUUCAUUGUGGUCAAUUUCAAUGAGGCUCUUACCAUUGUGAUCAUCCUGACCUCCUACUUGUUUAUUCUUAUCACCAUCCUGAGGAUGCGCUCUGCAGAAGGAAGACACAGAACAUUUUCUACCUGUGCCUCCUACCUCACAGCCAUCACUGUCUUCCAUGGAACAAUCCUUUUUGUUUAUUGCCAGCAUAGUUCUGGCAAUAGUUUGGAUAUUGAUAAAGUGACUACGGUAUUCUACACAGUAGUGAUUCCCAUGUUGAACCCCCUGAUCUACAGCCUGAGAAACAAAGAUGUAAAUGAAGCUCUCAGAAAAGUGGUGGGAUCCAGUAUAAUUUCCUAA